CCGCCCGGAAGAACCGCCCGCUUGGCUCGCCCGGUGCCCGCGGUUCCCGGGCUCUGCGGCGCUGGGCGCUGUUGCCAUGGCGGCGGUUGCUGCGGCGACUCGGUGGCGCCUGCUCCUGGUGCUGAGCGCCGCGGGGCUGGGGGUCACGGGCGCCCCGCAGCCCCCCAACAUCCUGCUCCUGCUCAUGGACGACAUGGGGUGGGGCGACCUGGGGGUGUACGGAGAGCCUUCCAGAGAGACCCCGAAUUUGGACCGGAUGGCCACGGAAGGGAUGCUGUUCCCCAGCUUCUAUGCAGCCAACCCCCUGUGCUCCCCAUCCAGGGCGGCUCUGCUCACCGGACGUCUGCCCAUCCGCACCGGCUUCUACACCACCAACGGGCACGCCAGGAACGCCUACACGCCACAGGAGAUCGUGGGCGGCAUCCCGGACCCAGAGCACCUGCUGCCGGAGCUGCUGAAGGGCGCCGGCUACGCCAGCAAGAUCGUGGGCAAGUGGCAUCUGGGCCACAGGCCCCAGUUCCACCCACUGAAGCACGGAUUUGACGAGUGGUUUGGGUCCCCCAACUGUCACUUCGGACCUUACGACAACAAGGCCAGGCCCAACAUCCCCGUGUACCGGGACUGGGAGAUGGUCGGCAGGUUUUACGAAGAAUUUCCAAUUAACCUGAAGACGGGAGAGUCGAACCUCACUCAGAUUUACUUGCAGGAAGCCCUGGAUUUCAUUAAGAGGCAGCAGGCCGCCCGCCGCCCCUUCUUUCUCUACUGGGCCAUCGACGCCACCCACGCCCCUGUGUACGCCUCCCGGGCUUUCUUGGGCACCAGCCAGCGAGGGCGGUAUGGGGACGCCGUCCGCGAGAUCGACGACAGUGUCGGGCGGAUCCUGGGCCUCCUCCGGGACCUGAAGAUCGCGGGAAACACCUUCGUCUUCUUCACAUCUGACAACGGAGCCGCCCUCGUUUCUGCGCCCAAACAAGGUGGCAGCAACGGGCCCUUUCUGUGCGGGAAGCAGACGACAUUCGAAGGCGGCAUGAGAGAGCCUGCCAUCGCCUGGUGGCCCGGGCACAUCCCUGCUGGCCAGGUGAGCCACCAGCUGGGCAGUGUCAUGGAUCUCUUCACCACCAGCCUGUCCCUCGCAGGCCUGGAGCCCCCCAGCGACAGAGCCAUUGACGGCCUGGACCUCCUCCCAGCCAUGCUGCAGGGCCGCUUGACGGAGAGGCCGAUAUUCUAUUACCGCGGCAACACGCUGAUGGCCGCCACCCUCGGCCGGUACAAGGCCCAUUUUUGGACUUGGACCAAUUCCUGGGAGGAGUUCAGACAGGUCCGAGGACACGAGGAAAGCCCGCUGACGCCCCGGAAUCGGACGGGGGAGCCGUCGUCGGUCGGGAGACCCCUCCGUGCCGGCCUCUGUGCACAGCUGGGGGGGUCGAUUUCUGCCCCGGGCAGAACGUCUCGGGUGUCACCACCCACUCGCAGGAAGAGCACACGAAGCUGCCGCUCAUCUUCCACCUGGGACAAGACCCGGGGGAGAGGUUCCCGCUCAGCUUUGCCAGCACCGAGUACCUGGAUGCCCUUCGCAAGAUCACCCCGGUCGUCCAGCAGCACCAGGAGUCCUUGGUUCCCGGGCAGCCCCAGCUCAACGUGUGCAACCCGGCAGUCAUGAACUGGGCGCCCCCGGGCUGUGAAAAGCUGGGGAAGUGCCUCACGCCCCCGGAAUCUGUCCCGGAAAAAUGCUCCUGGCCCCACUAGCACCUGCUGGGCUGAAGCCACGUCCGGGAUCUCCCCAGACCUGCAGCUGCCAGGGGCUCUGGUCUCCGGGCUCCAGGGCUGGAAGAGCCCCAGCUGCCCUCUGCCCUGCCCAGUGCCAAUCUGCGCCACCUGCAGCCAGCAGCGGGACCUGCAAGGCCAUGCCUGCCCGAGCCCGGGCCCUAGAGUCACUCCCUCUCAGCCUGCCGGAUUCAGGCUGCCUGAUUCUGCCACCUCUGGCUCCCAUCAGCCCCUGAACCAGAUGCUGCCUGUCUCACAGGCUCCCCCUCUGCUCCACCUGCCUUCCUGGCCGGCCCGAUCCAGGGCCCAGAGCAUGUGACUUGCUCUGGCUGCCCCAGCAGUCCGUGGUGUCAAGGAGGGUAGCUGUGCCAGUCAGUCCUGUGUCACCCCUUGCCAUUACGCAGGGGGGGUGCCCUGGCCCCACUCCCCAUGAUGGGGGUUUGUGAACAUAGAAGGGGGAGCAGACCAAGAUCCUCCCUGACCUGGAUCCUCAGCAGCCAAGGCUUCCCGAGGCCGGUGGGGACAGCUGACGCCAGCACCUCACCCCUGACGCCAGCACCUCACCCCUGACGCCAGCACACUGGGCCUGUCUGUGCCUCACAGCUGCCCUGCCUGCCCUCCUCCCCUUGAGCCCAGGGUGGCAAAGCUUGAAGAUAAGCCUGGGCAGGUCUGUGGAGACUCCAGCCACCCCACCCUGAAAGCCUGUGGACCAUUUCCAUUCUGCAGGUUGUCAGGCCAACUCUGCUGUUUUUAAGACUUGGGAAAUUUUGAAAAAGCAGUUCUAGAAUAUAGGAACAGGCAUUUUA